AUGGGUUGCGGUCCAAGUUCCCCUUCCAAGAGUGAAGGCAGUGGAACUUCUCAUACAAACUUCGAAAUGCAUAACCUCAACCCUCUGAGCUACACGCCCGAGACAGCAGAGAACGAAAUUCGAAGUUCCGUUGUUGCAACAGUUCACUUUGUGGCUCAUACUGUCGUCCAAGGCGGCGGAAAUCAUUGGGACAUUUUCCUACAGACUGCGCCGAGAAAAUCAAUCCGGCUGGAAAUCGUACCUGGCGCAUAUCCCGGCCGAGAAGGCUUCCUCGGCCGUCUCGAUAUCAUCCGCCAUCCAUAUGGAAUCACACGCCACUCCAACAAGACAGUGAGCAUACCUGCACAGCCUGGCCACACUGUAGGCCAGUUCUUGGAUGCAAUCGUCCGAGCAGAUAAUCAUCGUUAUGAAUUUACGCAGUCAGGAAGAGGUUGCGGUGGCUGGGUGCGAGACCAAUUCUAUCUUUUUGUGCAAUGCGGACUGAUUCCUCCUGGUUGGGAGGCCGAAUUUGAGGCGGCGAUUAAUGUGUUUUGGGUGCAGAAUGAGUCUCGGGGACCUUGGCCGUUGACAUAUGGCACGUAUUUGAGAACUAGAAACACCGGUCGCAAGGGGAAGGGCAAGCAGAAAAAGGGUAGGAGGUAG